UUAGUGCAAAAUCAAUUGACAGUGCAAGAUCCCUCCCGCCGCCUGAGUGAUAUGUUGAAAAAUAGAUCCUAUUACGUGCCUCUAUAUAAAUUCAUCAAAAAUACAGUUGGGAAAUUAUAAUAAAUCGAAUAAAAAUAUUUAAGACUUGGCCUAAAGGUCUAGAUAACAGGCUGAGUACCUACUUAUGUACUACUCUUGAAACUUCCGAGUUCUGUACAGUCACCAAGUACAGUGUACUUAGGUACUUUAGAAACUACCUGUACGUAGUGUUCAUGAUCAUUCUCUUUGACUGUACCUAAUGUAUGUAUGUGUAUGUGUGUAGUAAGUGUUCUGUGAACUCUAAUUUUUAAUACCUAACUUACUAGGUAGGUAUUAUUUUUUUUUAUAAUAAAUUUAUGUUUAUUCUAUAAAAAUAGAAAAAAGGCUGUAUUACUGACUACUGUAUGAAUAUUAAAAUACUUAACAAAUAAUUAUGGGAAAAGAUAAGAAGAAAGGUCCAAAAGGCAAUGUGUUUAAAGUGGCUGGUGCCAAAAGUUUGAAGAAAACUAAGGCUAAGGCAGUCAAUUUAGGCUUGAAAAAUAUAAAGCAAAAGAUUGCAGAAAUUGAUAAGCAACUACUUGAUAUUAAAAGAGAUAAGCCAGUGGAAAAUAAAAAGAAUGAAAUAAAAGUUAUCAAGAAGAAUCCAGUGUUAAAUGUUACAAAGGCGGAAGUGUCAAAAACAGCUGAUGAAAUUGUGAAGAUGGACUUAUGAUAGUAAUUUCUAUUACAACAAAGAGCUUUAAUAUUGGAAAACUCUAGUGAAAGACAUGAAAUAACCUGCACUUUAGUUUUUAUUUCAUCCUAUGUUUCUUAUUCAGUAUAAUUAAUAUAGAACUAUAUUAUGUUGCA